GCUGGGGGGGCCGUAAGUGGAGGCCGUCCGGCCGCGCGAUGCAUUGUGGGCGUGAUUGAGGAAGUAAAAUGGCGGACCUAGCGAACGAAGAAAAACCUGCCAUUGCUCCACCUGUCUUUGUAUUUCAGAAGGAUAAAGCACAGAAGUCCCCUGCAGAGCAAAAAGAUUUGUCGGAUUCAGGCGAGGACCAACAGGGAGAGGUUGAGCCCCCCCACCAUGGUCUGGGUCACACAGAAUCAGCUGGUGAGCGCGACUUUGAGCUUCCUGCUCCCGCUGUUGCCUCAGUCAGUGCUACUCUGAGUCCCGCUUCUGAAGCCCAGCUUGCUCCUAUUCAACAAGAACUGGCAGGGAGAUCAGCAGAUGGAUCAAGUCCAGAAGAUGGAGAUGAAUCUGAUCGGGAGGAUGGAAGCUACUGUCCACCUGUAAAGCGUGAGAGAACGUCAUCUUUAACUCAGUUCCCUCCUUCCCAGUCAGUAACAAAGAACAACGUCUUUAUGCCGUCAAGCUUCUGUGAAACUUCUACAGGCAAUUCUGACUCAGAACCAGAGGAAAAGAGCAGUGGAUUCCGGCUGAAACCACCAAUACUUAUCCAUGGUCAGGCACCUAGUGCAGGUCUCCCAAGUCAGAAACCAAAGGAACAGCAGCGGAGUGUGCUACGUCCGGCAGUAUUACAGGCACCGCAGCCAAAAGCUUUCUCACAAAUAGUCCUGAGCAGUGGGACCAAUGGUGUAAAUAUCUCACCAGAUUCUGCAGCCACAUCAGAAUCACUAAGUAAUACAACACUGAAAACUUCUGACUCUGAAGACAAGGCAAGAGAGUGUCAGAAAAAACAGUCUAACAACACUUCAGAUGAUGACAGCUGUGAGAAGGCAGAGCUUAAUGCACAGCAAGCAUUUGUAUUUGGGCAAAACUUGAGAGACAGAGUUAAGCUAGGAGAUGAAAGUGAUGAAACUGCUGAUGUGCAGAAUGCUGGCCUUCCAACAUCAGACACACCUUCUGCAACAAAUUAUUUUCUACAAUAUAUCAGUUCCAGUCUAGAGAACUCUACAAACAGUGCAGAUGCAUCCAGCAACAAGUUUAUUUUUGGACAGAACAUGAGUGAACGAGUCCUAAGUCCACCAAAAUCAAAUGAUGGUAGUACAGAGAGUAAUAAGGAGAACGCUGCUACAGAAUCUGGCUCUGAAUCGUCAUCUCAGGAAGCCACACCAGAGAAAGCUAAUAAUAUUUCAGAAUCACUGGCAGAGUCUGCAGCAGCCUAUACUAAAGCAACAGCAAGGAAGUGUUUACUGGCAAAGGUAGAAGUGAUUACUGGGGAGGAAGCUGAAAGUAAUGUGUUACAGAUUCAGUGCAAGUUGUUUGUUUUUGAUAAAAACUCUCAGUCUUGGGUUGAAAGAGGUCGAGGACUUCUGAGACUCAACGAUAUGGCUUCAACAGAUGAUGGAACUUUACAGUCUCGAUUGGUGAUGAGGACUCAGGGGAGUCUCAGGUUAAUAUUAAAUACCAAGCUUUGGGCUCAGAUGCAAAUUGACAAAGCCAGUGAGAAAAGUAUCCGGAUCACAGCUAUGGAUACAGAGGACCAGGGAGUUAAAGUUUUUCUUAUAUCAGCAAGCUCUAAAGAUACAGGGCAGCUGUAUGCUGCAUUACACCAUCGGAUCUUGGCUUUGCGAAGUAGAGUGGAACAAGAGCAAGAGGUCAAGAAUGUAGCACCUGAGCCAGAGGUAACACAAUCAAAUGAGGAAGAUAGUGACGAUGAUGUCAUUGCACCUUCAGGAUCAGUUGCAAGUGGUCCUAAUGAUGAAGGUGAUGGGCAGAAUGUUGGCAGUACAUAGCAGAAGUGAGCCGAUCUGCUUGCAAGGCUGCUAUGAACACCAUUUUGCAGGCGUUUCUCUGGAUACCCCAGGCCAGCUAUUGUUUCAGGCAGUGUUGAAAACUCCAGGACUUAAGAACUGUGCAUCCCUGUUCUGUUUGUUUGGUUUUUUGGUCUGGAUCAGUAGAUUCCACACAAAAAAAAAAGCAGACUUGGAAACUACCUGAAUGUGGUUUGGGACGUGAAAGCUCAUCAUAUUGAUGAGCCAAAAAAAAAAAAAAAAAAAAAAAAAAUCCAAACAUUUCCCCUCUUCCCUGUAAUUGAAAUGGCACAUUACAGCUUGUCACAGCUUUUCAUUGGGACCUUUUGACUGUUUCUUCAGUAGCUCAUGUCCUGCAGGCCUCCGAGAUAGAACUUUCCAGCACGGUUCCAACUUGAAUUCUGCUUUCUUAUGCCCUGUAUCUCCUUAAUAGUUUCUGCCACCUGCAGGGAAACCCUGUCCUGCUCAGUUCCUAUGCUCACUGACUGCCCUUUGGGUUCAUUCUCUUCUGGACUGCAGUGGGGCAGCUUAUGUUUUUACCUUUUAAUCCCAACAUAGGUUGUGGACAGUGUUCCCUGUAUAGUGGGUUUGUAAACAGAGGAAAAAGACAUUGUGGUUCACCAGGAAGGCUUUUUAAUGCAUUCAUGGGAGACUAGAAUCCACAGGAUGUUUUGCUAACUCCUUUCUUCCCAUUUCCAUUAUUAUUAUUUGGGGGUUUAUAUUGUGGUGAUACUUUUUUAUUUUAGUUUUUCAAUAAGAUGCUCUUGUGUGUUGAAAAAGUGAAACUAUUGUUUUGUACUGUUCUUUUCUGUUACUAUUUAAGGGAGAGCUAAGCCACUAUAUAUAAUAGAUGUUGCAUACAAUUUUUCUUAGAAAAUUAUAUGUUUCUGUGGCUACAGUAAAGUGUAGGAGGCAUACAGAUUAAACCUUCAGAAAAGUUCAUGAGGAAACAGUUGUUUGCCCUUGGAAGAAUAAAGUAGGCUCAUGUGAUGAGCUGGGUCAGCCAUUAAAAUAAAUCUGUAUAAAAGCAGCUGUCAUUUAAUGGCUUGAUUCAACAAGCUGUUUAAGCACUUGCCUGACUACCAUAUGUGAAUGAUCUUACUGAAGUCAAUGCAACUAUUCAUGCUUAAAGUUGAGUACCUUUUUAAAUAUCUUGCUGAAUGAAUGGCCUUAAACAGAAAAUAACUUUUAACCCUUCCUGUCCCUAUUCUGUUUCCUGAAGUCUUGCAGCAUGAACAAAAAGGUAAUAUUGCCAGCUCUGAAUAGUUUGGGCUGAAGGAUAUUGUAUUCUGUUCCACCAAAAUAAAAGCAAGAACAUGUUUUCCUGUGUGUAAUUCUGAAGUACUCCUGCUGUAACCACAAUUUACUUUUUGCUUUGGAUGUUUUCUAAUUAUUUGGACCUUUUGUGUGAAAGUUGAGUUUUAUUUUGUUAUUAAAACAUAUGGUAUAUUCUUCUUACCCAGCAAAGUUGGAAUUUAAUAGUCACUAAGAACAGUGACUAGGUCAUUUUCCUAUAAAUUCCCUAAACUCUUCUAUUUCCUUUGUAAAUAGAUUAUUGGUAGAUAAUUUUGCUUGCUCUUUUUCCUGUAGGUUAAGGAGAUCUAAAAUGCAGCAUUGGAAGAAAAAUGUGUGUGUGGUGAGGAAGUAGGGGGAGGAGAAGUAUUUAACAUAGCGUAAGUAGAAAAUGAAAAGCCAGGUUGUCGCACAAGAGCAAAUUUGAAAUGAUUCAAAUGUCAAAACAGCCCUUAUUAAUGAAAACAUACUUUUCACUAGGAGUCCAGAGAACAUUUUAUUUUACUUCUUGCCCAUUGCUAGCUGUUGUUGGAGACUUCAGGUAUCGGGGGAUGUUGGUUUUGUUUCUUUUGCAUUGUGAUAUAUCUGGACUGUCUGCUCAUGAAUUUUUGCAUUUUGUUUUUUCCUCCUUAGUUGUGGGUGUCUUUUUCUUUUUUAACCGUGCACAAACAUUGAUGCACUCUUAUGUAGCUAACUAACAAAAAUCUAGCAUGUUCCUUAAUACCUACACAACUGUUCUUCUGCAUCAUGUUUUGGGAAACUUCAGUAUUUUCAAACAAGUGAUCUGCAUUUGGGAUCUUGGAUCUUUUUUAACUGAUACUCAGAUUUAAACUGCUCUUUUGAAACAAACUUUCAAUGUAAAGCCUUUCACUGUCAGCAUAAAGAUCAUUAAAUUAAUAAGAUGUCUGUGUCAGUGGGGCCUAAUUGUAGAAAAAACAGGUGUUAUUUCCUGGUCCCCAACUCCAUUAAUUUGGGAGUCUCUGUAGAGUCUCACUUUGAGGUGCUUUACCCAAAUGUGAAUGAAAUUGAUGGUGCAUGAAGAUUCAGAAGAAUGGAAUAAGCAUGUUUGUUUUGAUGGAGUUUAGUGGUGUUACGGUCACCUAUAGCAUUCAUUUUUAAAAAAAAAAAAAAGGCAGCUACUUACUGAUGCAAAUUUAUUUCAGAUGGAAGCCUCGCUUAUGUUUAUAGUGAAGAGAAAAAUAUUUCGUAUUAGUCCAAAACUUAUGGCUUGUAAACCACUAACAGAAUUGGCUAUAAAUUCAAGCCCUGUCCAGCAAGAUGUAGGAGUGAAACUCUAAUAAGAUUUCUGCUUUAAGCCUUAGUAAACUAGUGACAAGUAAAACCAGAUAAUGCCCAUGUGUUUUGAAAGACCUAUGUAAGAUUGUCAUAUAAAAAUGUAUUUGGGAAUUUCAUUAAAAUUUUUAACAAAAAAGCAAACAAACAAAACAACCCAAGCCCUGUGUUGUAUUUCCUGUGCUUGGCAAUGACUGUCAGAAGGGAGGUUGAUAGUGAUUGGGUUUGCCUUGUUACAGCACUUGCUGCACCCCUCUGCAUCUUUGCUCCAAGGUCUGUUGUUAACAGAUGGAUUUAGCAACUACUGCUUAUCUUAUUCUUGCUGCUGACUGAUGUGGCUACAAAAUCUUCAAAUUUCCCAGAAAAAGACACUAAGAUUGAAAUAAAGUUGAACACUUGCAUUGAGGAAGUGUUACAAGAAUGGUAGUGUUGUUAAAACCAAAGAAAAUCCUAUAUCCAGUAAAUUAAAAAAAAAAAACCCUGUGGGAAAUAUUAAGAAAAAGUGGAGUUGGAACAUCCUUCUGUAGCCCAGUUCCCAUUGCCACAGUGUACAACUUAUCAGAGAUAACAGGGCAGGGAGGGAUGUCAGUAAGCUAGUCCACUGCAGUCCUCCUCUGGAACCAAGCUGGGCAGAUUUCUAGGCUGUUAGAAGCCUGCAGGGAUAAAAAAAUGUGUCACAUCUCUCCCACUUGUUCUCAGUCUAUUCUACUGCCUAGUUAUUUCUGGCAUUAGGUAGAAGCAUCCCUUUCUGCAGUUGGACUGGCCUUUGUCCUCUCCCUGCCUGUCUUGAAACAUGUUACAUAUUUGAAGGAUAUUUUCCCCUUAAUCAAGUCUGAGCAAUUCUAAUUAUGGUGGUUGCCAUGUCAUGCAAGAUUUCAUUAAACUGACUUUUCACUGUGCUUUUCUUUC